AUGGCAGAGAAAGAGCAAUCAUCGGAACCACCGCCGUCACUUCCCGAAGACGUAAUCCUUGACAUCUUAGCGCGUGUACCGAGAUGCAACUAUCCAACACUCUCCCUCGUUUCAAAACACUUCCGGUCUCUCGUUGCGUCGCGUGAGAUAUACGCGAGACGAUCCUUGUUAGGCUGCACGGAAAACUGUGUCUAUGUUAUCCUCUGUAACAGGAACAACUGUGAUGAUGGCCAGUUGUAUAUUCUCAGCCGGGAAGCCAACGGAAAUCAAGGCUUGUUCCUCAUCCCUUCACUGCCCUCUAUGCCUCAAUUUGCGCAACCCCUCCCGAGCAUGCCUGUGCUCAUGGCGGUUACGAAGGCUGACAUCAUCGACGGGAGAAUCUACGUGAUUGGGUAUUUUGGGAUUUCUACAAGAAGAGUGGGAGAUGCUUGUGUGGUUGAUGAUGUUUUGUACUAUUACGAUAACGUGGAGAACAAGUUAAGAGCGUAUGACUCAGAGAAGAAGUGUUGGGGAGUGGUGAAUGGUGUUGAGGAAUUGUUGGCUAAGAAGAGAGUUUAUGGGUGGUGGAAGACUGUGAGUUACGGUGGGAAACUUUUUUGUUCAAUCGUCAAGGAAAACUCGUUGGAGUGA